AUGUCUCACCAGCUCAAGGAGCGCAGAAGAACCCGAGUUUCGCACAAAGUGAUCGAAAAGCGGAGGAGGGACCGCAUUAACCGCUGUUUGAACGAGCUGGGCAAGACGGUGCCCAUGGCCCUGGCGAAGCAGACCUCCGGGAAGCUGGAGAAGGCGGAGAUCCUGGAGAUGACCGUCCAGUACCUGCGGGCGCUGCACUCGGCGGACUUUCCCCGGGGAAGGGAGAAAGAACUGCUGGCCGAGUUUGCCAACUACUUCCACUACGGCUACCGCGAGUGCAUGCGGAACCUGGUGCACUACCUCACCACGGUGGAGCGCCUGGAGGCCCGGGACACGGAGUACGCGCGCAUCCUCGGCUUCCUGCAGUCCAAGGCGCGCCUGGGCGCCGCGCCCGCCCUCCCGCCGCCGGGGCCCCUCCCGGAGCCCGAUCUCUCCUGCCCGCUGCACCCCGCGGGGCCCGAGCUCGGGGGCCACAGCCCCGGGGAGGCCGCCGCGUUCCCGCAGGGGGCGCCCCCCGCGCCCCUCCCCUGGCCGCCCUACCUGCCCGGCGCGCCCGCGGCGCUGCCCAGCCCCCCGCAGCCGCACAGCCCCUUCCUGGCGCCAGGGCAGGGCCUGGACCGCCACUACCUCAGCCUGAUCGGCCACUCGCACCCCAACGGCCUCAGCCUGCACCCGCCCCAGCACCCCCAGGCUCUCUGA